CCCUCUCUCUGUCUCCUUCCCGCCAGCCAUGAUCCGUGGCGGGCUAAUUCCCAGACGGUCUUUUCCUUCUCUCUUCCUCCUCUUCUCCUCUUUCCUCCUCUUCUCCUCCUCCUCUUCCUCCUCCUCCUCCUUUCGAACAAGACGAGUCGACCACACGGGACUGACUGCUCCCCGACUUCCUUUGUGAGCAAGUGUGUGCGUGUGUGUGCAUGUGUGCGCACAAGUGUGUGAGGUCAUGUCGGGCAUGACGAGCGGCGUGUGUGUGGAGAGCGACCUCUCCUCAAUGCUCCAGAGAAGCUCCGCCCCCUCCCACCAUCACCCGAAUCACCAUGUUUACGGCGGACAGGGGCAGGUGUCAAGUUUGGCUCCGAUGCUGGAUUACACCACGGAGAUGGACCGCUACCGUUCGUCCAUCGCCAACUUCUACAAAUCCAACGUCAACAUGAACAUGAACGUCGCAAACUUCCCCCAGUCUGCCAAGCUGGCGGCCCGUUUGGCGGCGGCCGCCCCCAUCUUCCCUCCUGCCGCCGCUGCCAGGCUGGGCACCAUGGCGACAGCGCCUUGGGGCUGCCACGACAACAUGAACAUGAACCACCCAGCCGCCAUGUUUUGGAGCCGGCCCAAACCUGUGGCAACUGCGCCAACGCAUCACCACCACCAUCACCACCCCUCUGUGACGCAGGGUCACCUGACCUCCCCACACUCCCACAGUACCAGCAUGCACCACGGCGGCGCGGGGUCUGGAGGGGGAUCAGGUGGAGGGAGUAGUGAGGGGGGAGGAGCUGAAAAACAUGGACACACUGCCUCCUCACUUCCUGUCAGCCAGGGAACAGCACACCAUCACCCAAUGGCGCCGAGCAACGCAAACUUUCUCCCUGGUUACAGCGGUGGUGCAGAGUGCGGCAUCAUGAACAAGCAGGGACACGCCCACCCAGACAUGAUGAGCCUAUCAGAGGGCGGGAGCUGCAAUGGGGGAGGGGUGAUGGGUAGUAGCUUCUUGGGGGGGCUGGGAUUACCUCCUGGGGUCAUUGUCAUGGCGAUGGGGUCGGCAGGGGGCGGGAUCUCAGAUGCUGGCAGCGCCUUCCAGAUGACAGGUGGCCAGCGGGCGCUAACGGACUGCCAGCAGCACACCAACUCCUCCCCCUGCCCCUCCUCCUCCUCACCCUCAUCGUCAGUAGUGACAGCAGGGGGCGUGGCCCUAUCUUCAUCGUCGUCUUCUUCAUCGGGGGCGGUGGCCAAGAGGAAGAGGAAGCGGUGCGGCGUGUGUGGGCCGUGCAGGCGGCUUAUCAACUGCGGCGUCUGCUCGUCCUGCCGCAACAGGAAGACGGGUCAUCAAAUCUGCAAGUUCAGGAAGUGUGAAGAGCUGAAGAAGAAACCAGGGGGAGGUGGGGGGGCGCUUGAGCGGCCGCCUUCUGUCCCGACCGGCGAAGCAUUUCGUUGGUUCUUCUAGCUGUCCCUCCACCCACACAGUCGCAGCUCAACGCCGAACAGGAAGUCAACAUCGCACAAGGAAAACAAAUCAGGCUUGAAAGACGUCAUUGGACGAACGUAUCUGAAAAUGAACCUGACGCUUUGAGGAAGGACUUCACUUUCAUACUUUGUGAAAAUAAAAACUGCAAAUCCCACGUCAACCGGAACAGGGACGCAGCGAGGAGGACGGAGGAGGAGGGGACAGUUUGGUCACAUAAAGGAGGAACUGGCCAAUCACCAUGACCGUCCAGAUGUUAGAAAGGCAAAAGCUAACUCGCUAGAAAUGCUACCAGUCGGUGUUUGCGCAUAUAAGAAUGUUAGCAUCAACAUGAUUCACACAUAAUCUGGUUCCAAAUGCAUUAAUUCAGUUGGUUGCAAUCUGCACCCUUACCACUAGAUGUCACUACAUCCUACACUGUGGUUCUGCUGUUCACAUGGUCGGAGAGAGAACUGACCAAUCAGAGAUCAGAAACGUCCGGAGUGACUCGUGAGGACACACCAUGUAAAAUUAUAACGAUCUCAGUCUGAUCCUUUAUUUCUGACAUGGGAUAAAAAACGUAUUCACUCACUCUAAAGCAAAAAGCAGUGGUGCCCUUUCUCUUUUUAUCUACAUCAGUGAUUUACACUUAAAAACUAAAUCAGAAAAAAUAAGAUUUACUUUAUCGCUAAUUCAAUUUAAACAUGUGUCUGAUAGGAUUCUGUAACGGCAGCUACUCAAUGUUAAAGACUGUUUACAACCAUCAGCGUCAUCAUCACGAAAUUGGAAUCAUGAUUACGAAGUCAAUGUUUGUAGAUGAAUACGAAUCGACUGAAAACCAAACAGAGCGUCAGCAGAGUGGAAUACAGGAAGGCUGUGAUGACAGCAGGAAAAGAUAAGAUGUUAACUUAUCCUAUGAAAAAAUAAGCAUCCAUGUCGAUGCCAUUUCUGAAAGCCUCACCUCAUCAUGUUCAUACAGACACGGUAAACACAACCCCACCUGGAGCAACCUUCAUCAUGUGUGAUCAAACUGUCGUCUUCUUCAUCCUCCUCCUCUUAGUGAACAGGAAAUCCAGCCGAAGCCAAACCAGGAAGUUUCAGGCCUCCUGUUUGACCAAAACUGGACGACAGGAAAAACCUCAGAGCGAGUACGAACUGACCUCAGCAGGAAGUGAUCCAAGACUGUUAUUAAGGACUACAAGUUCACUGCAGUAGGACUACAGUUACCACAUCACUGUUAUCUGUCUCUUUUGUCUACCUCCUCCUCGAGAACUCUAAAGGCACCUUGAUUGAGUUAUACCGGGUUGUGUACACGCGGGUACGACAUGAUCUGUUUCUUAACUAUCGAUGGUCCAGAGCUGAUCUGCUUCAUCAUCCCUCCAUAUUUAUAAUAUAAUUUUAAUUCUCGGGUUUAUUUCAUUGCCUGAAGUGAAACGUCUGAAUCUCUUUUAUCCAUGUGGAUUUCACUGGAAAGUUCUCAGGGCGCAGUAACACUUCCAUUUGGUUUUAUAUAAACUAAAACAGACUGAAGCUCACGUUGUUGUAUUUUUGUAUCAUGGAAGUUUUUAUCAUUUGUCUCUUCAGGAAAAACAGAGACUUAUUGAUGAUUGAUUAUGGGCUUUAAAUUGACAUGUCUUAAAACAUGACCCGAAGCUCGAAGAAAGUUCAGAGCCAGUUUCUCUGCUCUUCUAUUAGUGGUGACCAACAGGAGAGUGCACCUGCAGCUGAAAUGCAUCAUGGGAACUCGCAGGAAACUGUUGGAACUUCUGAGGUGAACCUCGGGACUAAAGUGAACUGAACUGAAACAGAACAGAUCCGCGUCAUUUCCAACAAGUUCUGUGUUUCCGUUUAAACACACUGAUCAAACAUUUUAUAGAAUUUAAAUUCUUGCUCAGAAUGAUAACGCAACCUGUCAGCUGAUUUGACCACUCCGCAUAUUGAUGGAGAAAUCUUUAUUCCAAAAUGUAACGUAGAUUAAAAAACUUUACAUUACUCCCCCUAGUGGCAGGUUGUUGUUCUAUCCCAUAGACUAUACAUAAAGAUGGACGACGUUUAAAAAAAAUUUGAUGUCUAUUUGGAUUUCUUUUUUGUUUAGUCCAUGUCCCAUCUGCUAACAUAGAGAAUCUGUCAUGUCGUCCAUCUUUAUUUACAGCCUGUUCUAUCCACGCGAAUGUUCCGCGUAAACUGAAAACGCUGUUGAUUAUGUCAUCGAUUCAGACGUUAAUGAUCAACUUAACGAAACAUGAUGAUGUCAUCAUGGCGUCAGACUCUGCUCUCACCGACAUGUUGGAAAUAAUUUUUUUUUUUUGUUGUUUCAUGAGGAAAAUGUUCACCUCUGCGUGGGAACUAAAAUCAAACGUCCCCUUUUUCUCAGGGUUUGGGUGAGGCGAUGUGGGAGGGAGGGGGACGUUGUUUUUUUGUGUGUCCUCUUCCUCAUGUGUUCUGUCUCCGUGACGACCUCAUGUGCUGAAUUAUAAUAAAGCAUUUCAAAGAUUA